GAAGCGGCUGCGAGAGGAGGUCGACUCCUUGAGCAGCUCUUCCCCGCAGGACACAGCCCGCCUCGCGAGGCUCAGGCAAGAGUUGACCUACGUCGAGGGCUUCUUGGCCCAGGCCGACGGCCACGUCGGCUCGCCUUCGCACCAGCAGCAGGCGACCGGCCCACUUACGGCAGCCGAGGGCCAGGACACCAACAACCUCUACGUCGGCUCUCUCUCGCCAGAGUGGACUGAAGAACUGCUGUCACGCGAGUUCGGGCGCUUUGGAGAAAUAACAUCGAUCAAGAUCAUGUACCCCAGGAACGAGCAGCAACGCCAGCGAGGCAUGAACAGUGGUUUCGUCCAAUUCAAGACACGGCAACAAGCGGAGUAUGCCAGACUGAAGCUCAACGGCAAGGAUUACUUUGGGAUGUGUUUGCGCAUCGAUUGGGGCCGUGCGAUCCAGCCCGUGAGGAACAUUGGUGCCAUCAUGGGGAGUACGCCCAGCGUCAUCACGAAGCCUGCGUUGCUGCCGCACAUCGAGACUCCGCAGCCUUUGCCUAUGAUCACAUCCGGCGACAGCUCUCCUCAAGCUUCUAGCGGAGCCGGCGAGCGCAAGUCCCGGUGGAACUUGGCGAAGACUCUGGUCGUCAAGGUUCCUGAGGACCAGGUGCUGAAGAAGCUCAUAGACAAGACCGCAGAGUUCGUGGCAGAUGAGGGCUGGGACUUUGAGAAGCUGCUCCUCGACAAGGAGAAGGACAACCCCAGGUUUUCCUUCAUGUCCACAGACAAGCAAAAUUUGGAGGAUCCGCUCCAUGUCUACUAUCGUUGGCGGACUUUCUCCUUCUCACAGGGAGACAAUGAGAUCUACUGGCGAGCAGAGCCUUUCCAGAUCUACGAGAAUGGCCCUCUCUGGCAGCCACCACCAUGCGAAAAGCGCGUGGAGGCGGUUCCCGACGUGCAGAGAAUAGAGCUGGCUUUGCCCAGCUCGGGUCCGGCAUUCGAGCUGCUGCGGCAAAAGCUCAGCGGCACCGGCGCCAGUGUGUCCACCAGUGGCAAGGACAAUGUGAUAGGCCCGGGCCGCGGGGAAGAUUUCGCAUUUAGGCUUUAUAGCGGUUGCAGGUUGAAGAGGCUGUGGGUCCGGGAGCUCUGGUUGACCGUGUGGCUGUCUGAUAUUCCGUACGUCAGUAUACGUACCAACGGACAAUAUGUAGUGUAA